AUGUGUUGCAACUACUACGGCAACUCCUGCGGCUGUGGCUGUGGGUACGGUGGCUACGGCUCUGGCUGUGGCUGUGGCUGUGGAUAUGGCUCUAGCUGUGGCUGUGGAUAUGGCUCUGGCUGUGGCUGUGGAUAUGGUGGCUUUGGUGGCUAUGGUGGAUAUGGUUGUGGCUGUGGAUACGGCUGUGGAUACGGUGGCUAUGGUGGCUACGGCUCUGGCUAUGGCUCUGGCUGUUGUGGCUCCCGGGUGUUUUGCUACAGAAGAUGUUAUUCUCCUUGCUGCUAA